UCAAUGGCUAAAUGAAAUUGAAUCCUGCUUAGUACAUCCACUAUUGGACAAUUAAUCUUAUACUAUCGCUUAUGACUAAUUAACAGUUACUGAUCAAUGCUUGAUUGAUUGAUCCAUUCUUUCCUUGACCUUAUGUAAAGUAAAAUAAAUAAAUUACAAUUUGAAUAAAAUUUAUUUAAUUUGUUCAAUAAUUAGAUCUAAAUCAGAUAAGGUAACCCACCGUGCAGCUGCAUUUGCACUGAUUUCCAUAUGAACACUUUUUUCAUUGGGUAGCCCCUCGUCUACGUCAGCUGUUCUGAUUUUUGAAAGCUGCUCUCUUUUGCGUGCUUUGUUUACCGGCUGGUUUUGUGAUAUUCAAAAGAAUUUAGGGUAUUUCUCGAAGAAAAACUCGACUUUUUCAGUAAUUUGCAAAGUUUAACUGGUAAAUAGUGAAAUUGUGCCUUUAUUUUGCUUGAAUUGACUUGUUACCUUAAAAAUAGUUCAAAGCUGGUUCUGUUUGUGAGUGAAAACUUCGAGUGCUGUCGUUUGGUUGAAGUGCAAUGGUAACGAAAGGCAACAUUUGAAUUUGUUGUAUUAACGCGCAGAACAACUUUAAAACCAUGUCCUCUCUAUCCACGCUUGAUCGCGAUCUCUGCGGUAUUCUUGCGGAGAUGCGUUCGGAUAAAAUCACUCAACGUCAGAAGGCGUUCGAAAAGCUCGAACUGAUUCUGGUGAACCGCGAGGAGGACAUUCUCCGCUACAUGGCGGAGCAAAAGUUCGACACCAACUGGCACGACCUACUGGAAGCUGCUCACCACGGAGCGCAGAAGCAGAAUCGGAAGAUGGUUGAACCCAACGCAUCGUCUGGCGCCGAGAGCAAGAGUUACAUCUACAUAAAGGUGAUACAGAAGGUGGUCGAUAUGGCUAUGAACCGUACCCGACCAGAGUUGAAAUUCUCCGAGCUGAUCAAGCGUUCGAUCGACGUGCUGGAGGAUACGUCCAUGUUGCAGUAUUUUGGUGUCUGCUAUCUGCAAGUCCUGCACAAACACGUGCUGAGCUCCAAGUGGGAUUUGACUGUGGUAACGUAUGACGAGUGGACCAGUAUUCUGGACCGUUGUUUCGAUUUGUAUGAAGACGGAAGGGUCGCGAAACAGAACGUGGUCAGCUGUCUUUCGUUAGCCAUACGGAAGAGUUUGGAAAACUGCUCUGUUCAGUGUUACUUUGUUAAGUUUCUGGACCGAUUGGCAAGGAUGAUCAAUGGAUCGGAUCGUGGGAAAAUGCAGAAUGAACUUCUCCGAAUUGGAUAUCUGUGUGCGCUGAGCCUGGCGGUGGAUUAUCGCUAUGAGGUUUGCAACUUUACCGAACAGAUAUCGCAACGAGUGGUAAAAGCCUAUGAAGCUAGAAUGGAUGAAGAGAUGAAAUCCGUUCUGUUCAAAAUGAUGCACCUGACAGUGGUUGUGCAUAGUCCAGAAAAGAGCUUCUCAGAGUGGAGAUCAAACCAAAAUCUCUUAUACGCAGUGAAUAAAACUGAGUACUUUAAGUGCUUACGUAAUUUCUAUUUUAUCAUUGGGAGUGAACUCAAAGCACACGCUUCUGCAUCCUACAGUUCCAACGGGCGAGAAGUGGCCUUUGUUGAAGGAUUCAUAAACUUAGCUACCAGAUUGUGCUAUGUGAUGUUCUGGAAUGACGAUGUCUGGAAGCAGACUGAAGCAGAGGACGAAAUCAGUGUGAAGAGAAUAAAAAGGUCGAACAAACUACAGGGCUUGAUGGAUCUGGUUGAUGAGAAUUCGACACAACCGAAUUGGAGGUGGUUAAUAAUUUUGACAGAGAUUAUCAAACGUUGUCCAGAAGUGCUAGGCGAAGAUGAUUACCAACCUUUGUUGAACUUGCUCAGCGUGGUUCAGCCAAAGCUUAGUCAACAUCCCCAAUUGGAGGCAUUGCGGUCAUGCUGCAGUGCAUUACUGCGUUUCGAGAAAAGUGACGCAUUCGUCAAAUCGACCAUUAUCAAUUCCGAAUUUUGUUUGGAACAGUGGCACAAGAUAAUUGAAGGAUCAUUCAGAUGUUGCACAUCCAAUAACAAAUCAGCUUCUGAUCACCAUUUGAUACUGCAGUUGUUGAUUUCUAACCACAAGUAUCCUUCCAUCGCAUUUUUGAGCGGUAUCCUGCAAGCAUUCUACACGUACUCAAUCGAACGCACCAACACUAAUGUCGGCACCAUUCAAACCAUUCUGAACGUCGUUCCCCUGGAAGCGAUUGGCAACGUACAGGAAGUAGUCGAGAAGCUACUGAACUAUCUUUUUCCGAAGACUCGCGAAACGCUAGCCAAAGGAAUACUGCACAAUAAGGAAAUGUUGGACAUGAGGCUGCUGGCAAAAAUAUCCGUACUCUGCUCUGUUACAAAGCAUCACAAAGGCAACGACGAUGACCUAACUGAUGAAGUAGAAGGAAGUUUUCACAUUCCCGAGAAUAAAUACGAAGAGGUUGAUGAAACAAUUCGUAAGAUCGAAGAAGACAUUUUGCUGAAAAGUGCUGAAAAGCUACUAGUGGUCAGAUCAAUCCAGCAAAAAUCUUCCGAAACGCUAGAUACAGAUGUAUUCUACAAUAUCCAUGAGCACAAUUUUGAAAUGCUGUGUACAUCACUCAACUUUGAGAAACACACACUGCCUGCCGAGAAUGAUGCCUUGGGCAAAGGAUUGAACAACAUAAUAGGAGAUGUGGAAUUAUAUCUGGCAAUUUUGAACGAUCUUUUGCAGCAUAAUGCCCUAGGGAGGGAUUCGUUUGAAAAGUGCUUGAUCACGAAAAAGAUCACGUUCAAGGUACAGGAGAUGGAGAUGGGAUUCGACCGCCUCAGAACGUUAACGCCCGUAGAGCUGGGCGAAAUGUCGUCCAGAUUGCUGACAAUAUUUCAAGGUCCUUAUGAUGAACGAAUCAAUGAAAUGCUCAAAGCAAGCAACUUCACAAGUAUGCUCAAAUGGAUGUUCAAAAACAUCCGUACUGCUCCAGAAAGGAAUUCAAAAACUAUUGAAGCAUUGAAAGCAUCGGAUCUCAAUAGAGAACAGUCCAAUCAACACAAUCUGCUGUUGAUUGUGGCACAUUACAUGAAGUACAACGGAGUUAAUACGGACGAUGUGAAGGUGUUUUUGGAUCAGAUCGAUUUCAACGUCGAUAGCAGUAUAGAUCUGUUUCACAUAUUUGGAGUAUGCAAGGUGUUGCUCAAGCAACGAUCGACUUUCUUCUGUGCCGAGUGGAUCCUCACGUAUAUCAAAGACAUCUGUCGAACUCACCAUACCAAUAAUGCCAUGACCGAAACAAUUGUCGAUUUGUUUUCGGAUUUGGUGAUAUUCGUCAGUCCACAUGAUUCACUCUUCAACGAUACAAACACCGUACUGCUGUCCUUCAUUCGAAAGGCUAAUAAACGAAACUACUCUGUCGGCUUGCAACGGAAAAUCUACGACCAGGUUAAAUACCUGAUAAAAGCAUAUCCUGAUUAUUACGAAUCACACGAACCGAUCUAUGUCAGGAUGAUUAGCUUGAUUGAAUCUCCUCACUUUGCCAUCAAGAUAUGCGCAUUGGAAAAUUUGCUUUAUCUCUUUGAUGAUACGUGGGCUUUCACCAUUGACACGGUAACUGCUGACUUCUAUCGGUUUCAGCUAAAACUCUACAAGUCUGUGGCGUUUGAAAUGGAUGAUCUUUUGCGCAAAGAUGAGAAAGAAAACCUGAUGUCUGCCCAUUUGCAACUGAUUUGUGGAACUAUUUGCAAAAGCUACUGUCUUCGUAAACGGGCAACUUUGAACUUGGUCGAACAAGCUUGUCUGAGUAAUCUGACGCAACACAAAGUACAUACAAUAGCAAAGCUGCUCAAGACAGCAAUGAGCAUCGACACUGCUGGCUUGAUUGAAGAAUAUAUGGAAGAUAUUUUGGACAUGUGGAUCUCCAAGGGCUAUAAACUUGCGUCGUUUCCUUGGUAUUUUACUAAUUGCGGCUCGUUGGAUGAAUUCAUUAAAAAGUACCAGUUUGAUGUUGCCUAUGCCAUUGUAUCAAAUAGACCAGCCGAUUUAGCGCAGUAUUGUGGUAUCAUCAAAAGAACGCAAGCUGAAGUUAUGAAGGCCAUAUCCACAAGAUGUUUUGCUUUCCUCAUCCCAAUGUUGGCGGGCUGUGACAACAUGUCCGAAAUCUACACUCAAAUAGCAAAUCGAAUGCAUCCGAUCAUUACCAAUCAUAUGGAUAUGAGGCAGUUGAGUUUCCAAAACAGCUCGGGCCUAUGUGUGUUGCAGUGGAUUGUCGCACAGCUACAGGACGAAGCCCUGAUGACAGAACUUUUUGGCCGUGAAGUUCUCGUAGUAGAAGACAAAUGUGUUUUGAAUCGCGAAAACUUUGAAAAGUGCUUGGAUCAUCUGAAACCCUUGUCUGCAAAGCAACCACUAUUAACGUAUCUGUGCAGCAAAUAUCCCGCCACAGUCGAGCAGCUUAUAUUACAUUUGAAAUUGAAAAUUUUCCAAUCGGACGUUGCGGAACAAAAGAUGAUCCUGUUCUUCCAGUAUUCAGCGGUAAUCGACCAUUUGGUUGAUUAUUUUUGCCAGCAUCGCACGACAGAUUUGAAAGAAUUCCUAGCGAGAGACAUAUGUUAUUUCCUAAGCAACACAAUGGUUUGCUCAAAAUCAUUACAGUUACCGGUGUUAAACUGCCUGUCAAAGUUUCUGCUUCAAAUAGUACCGACCUGCGCCGAAUAUGUGAGACCGCAUUUGAACAUCUUGGUAUCUUCGUUGAUCGCUGUUUAUGAUCAGAAUCCCUCCGGAAAAGUCAUUACUAAGUCACUUAAGAUACUGGAGCUGAUCGUAGUGGAACAUCAGGCCUUAUUCGGAGAUGCGAUUAAAAAGUUGAAUUAUUUUCCAGAACAUGACGACUUCAAAGAUCUCCGUGAAACUUUGGAGAAAUUGAAGGAAUCUCAAUUUCAGCUGAGCUUAGCUGAGGACAUCAUUCGUAUAGUUCAGCUCCCGCAACGCAAGUACGGUGAAUUGAUCACAUUGUACAAUUUAUUAGCAUCUAAUAAAUCUGAGCUGCGCGAUGUCUGCGCAGAACUUGAAGCCUCGAACGGAUUCUCAGAAAGUUGUGCCAACAAUGCUGUACUACGGUUGAUUAACACCUUGUUGAAUGAGAUUCAAAGCAGUUGCAACGAGAAGCAUACUGUUGCCGCCUUGCGGUGCCUUGGUGAAAUAGGACCGGUUGAUUUGUGCACAAUGCUACUCAAAUCGGAUGUUCAAACGGAAAUAUAUACGAAUCUUAAAAAUACUGAAAGUACGGUUGAACAGUUCGUACGCGUGAUCCUCCUUCAACUGAAUGAUUUGCUUGUAACGAAAGAUAUGAGUGUUGUCGAAAAGACGACCCAAGUGUGUUACCAUUUGCUACAGAAUCGUGACUAUCGCAAGCUGGCUGCUACUUUGAGAACGCUGUAUCCGUACAUGGCCCUCGUUGAAAAUAAUGCACCGAUUUUUGUACGACCCUCGGAUAACACUAAGUUAGGAUCGCUUUGCGCUAUCAUUGACACGGCAACCAGCUAUGAAUCGUUUGUACUGACCUUAUCGACUACAUUACUGGAAUCCCUACAAGAUAUGGUGAUCAAAGGUUUAACAGAAGUUGAGAUCAAUUUUGCAGCAAAAAUGAUACCUAUGUUGGUGCAGAUUAUUUUGAGCUUCAAAGAUGCUGGUCUGAACUACGAUAUCGGAAAUUUUGUGAAUAAUUUCUUUCUGAAAUUUGCUGACAAGCUGACGCCCGUGGGUUGCAUGAGUAAAAGCACCGAGACAAUCCACCUAAUGCUGACAAUCGUUGAGUGCAUUCGCAUGAACAACCAGAACCAUUCCAAGCAUACCAUCAACCUGAACUGGCUGCAGAUAGCUGAGGCCAGUCUUCACUGUCAAGCCUACUUCAAAGCGAUCCUUUACGGUGAACUGUGGUGCAUGACUCAACGCGACGAAGGCGUGGAAAGUGACGUCAUCAGCCGAAAUCCUCAGUUGAUGAGCAUAAUGAAAACGGCUCACUUGUCGGUUGGGAUUGUAGAUGCGGCCAAAGCGUUCCUAGAUCCCAUAGCAUCCCGAAGUGAGUACUAUCAACUGGAACGAAGAUUCCACCAGAGCUUGCUCUACUAUGAUGUGGCCAGCUCGAGCAAAAGCACCUUUGAAAGAUCAGCGUAUGUACAAACAUUGAAAGCGUCGAGCUUCUAUGGAUUGGCAAACACUGUUGCCAAUAGUGAAUCGAUGGAUUUUGAAUGUGCAUGGAGAUUGGCCGAUUGGAAUAUAGCCCUCGAUGAUAGAGCUAAUCAAGGCAAGCAGAACGUCGACUGGCAGCAUGUCUUCGAAAAGCAACACUAUAAAGCACUUAAAUGUUUGGAACUGAAGGACGAGAUCGCCACGGAAAGCGCUGUGCUAGAAGCGAGGAAAGCACUAGCUGAAAUGUUGAAAGUUGGCAGCAUGGAGUCAACGCAGAAUAUUUAUCCGUAUUUGAGCAAACUGCGACAGCUACAACAAAUCGAAGAUUUCAUGAAUGUUCAGUUUUAUCGUGUCAUUGAUGGAGAGACUGAAUUGUUACAGAAAUGGGAUCAACAGGACACUUUACCUUACAGUGAUUUUUCAUACAUGGAGGCAAACUUAACGCAACGAAUUGCAAUACUGAAAACGGCAAGAGUUCGCGCAAUGCGGAAAUGGGUUCCUGAUGCGCUCAACCAGACGCUGUUCCACUUGAUUCACGAAGCACGCAUUAGUGGACAUUUUGACGUAGCCACAGCAAACAUAUGCGCCAUGUCGCAGCAGACGUUGUCGGAGACCGUAAAAGCUUUACUCAUGCUGGAAGAUGCCCAGUUGAAUUGGGCCAAUGGCGAUAAGUUCCUAUCGAAACGGCUGGUAAAUGAGGUGGUAGCAGGUGGCAAGUGUAAAGAUAUCAUGGUCAAUGCCGCUGCCUACCGAAUCUACGGGACCUUUUUGGCCGAGACGCAUGCUGAGGAUGUUCACAAUUUGUACAAGAAAUUUUUCAAACAUUCUCAAACUCUGGUAGAGGAGGGAUUGAGACAUGCCAGUCAACAUGACAAAGGUACCGCUAUAGAUUACCAGCGUAAGUGCCUCGACAGUGAUAGGAACUUUGUUAUCCUGCAUACGGUAGCCAAGUACGCCGACAGAGAGUUUGUGAGGGUGAAUAAUUUCUUUCUGAAAUUUGCUGACAAGCUGACGCCCGUGGGUUGCAUGAGUAAAAGCACCGAGACAAUCCACCUAAUGCUGACAAUCGUUGAGUGCAUUCGCAUGAACAACCAGAACCAUUCCAAGCAUACCAUCAACCUGAACUGGCUGCAGAUAGCUGAGGCCAGUCUUCACUGUCAAGCCUACUUCAAAGCGAUCCUUUACGGUGAACUGUGGUGCAUGACUCAACGCGACGAAGGCGUGGAAAGUGACGUCAUCAGCCGCAAUCCUCAGUUGAUGAGCAUAAUGAAAACGGCUCACUUGUCGGUUGGGAUUGUAGAUGCGGCCAAAGCGUUCCUAGAUCCCAUAGCAUCCCGAAGUGAGUACUAUCAACUGGAACGAAGAUUCCACCAGAGCUUGCUCUACUAUGAUGUGGCCAGCUCGAGCAAAAGCACCUUUGAAAGAUCAGCGUAUGUACAAACGUUGAAAGCGUCGGGCUUCUAUGGAUUGGCAAACACUGUUGCCAAUAGUAAAUCGAUGGAUUUUGAAUGUGCAUGGAGAUUGGCCGAUUGGAAUAUAGCCCUCGAUGAUAGAGCUAAUCAAGGCAAGCAGAACGUCGAUUGGCAGCAUGUCUUUGAAAAACAACACUAUAAAGCACUCAAAUGUUUGGAACUGAAGGACGAGAUCGCCACGGAAAGCGCUGUGCUAGAAGCGAGGAAAGCCCUAGCUGAAAUGUUGAAAGUUGGCAGCAUGGAGUCAACGCAGAAUAUUUAUCCGUAUUUGAGCAAACUGCGACAGCUACAACAAAUCGAAGAUUUCAUGAAUGUUCAGUUUUAUCGUGUCAUUGAUGGAGAGACUGAAUUGUUACAGAAAUGGGAUCAACAGGACACUUUACCUUACAGUGAUUUUUCAUACAAGGAGGCAAACUUAACGCAACGAAUUGCAAUACUGAAGACGGCAAGAGUUCGCGCAAUGCGGAAAUGGGUUCCUGAUGCGCUCAACCAGACGCUGUUCCACUUGAUUCACGAAGCACGCAUUAGUGGACAUUUUGACGUAGCCACAGCAAACAUAUGCGCUAUGUCGCAGCAGACGUUGUCGGAGACCGUAAAAGCUUUACUCAUGCUGGAAGAUGCCCAGUUGAAUUGGGCCAAUGGCGAUAAGUUCCUAUCGAAACGGCUGGUAAAUGAGGUGGUAGCAGGUGGCAAGUGUAAAGAUCUCAUGGUCAAUGCCGCUGCCUACCGAAUCUACGGGACCUUUUUGGCCGAGACGCAUGCUGAGGAUGUUCACAAUUUGUACAAGAAAUUUUUCAAACAUUCUCAAACUCUGGUAGAGGAGGGAUUGAGACAUGCCAGUCAACAUGACAAAGGUACCGCUAUUGAUUACCAGCGUAAGUGCCUCGACAGUGAUAUGAACUUUGUUAUCCUGCAUACGGUAGCCAAGUACGCCGACAGAGAGUUUGUGAGGCUGAAAAAACAUUUCACGUCGUCCGAGUUCAAAUCAAAGAAAAUGAACCUGGAACAUAUGAAAGCGGAGCUGAUUAUGUUGGAGUCGGAGCAAGCGAAGCUCAAAGAGUCGGACAGAGAAAAAAUGACGAAUUUACGCCGCGCGAAGAUUUCGACGAAGCAAAAUGCGACGCGUGACGAGGAGUCCAUCAACACUAUGAUGUCCAACAUGGAAGACUAUCUGAAGCUGGCAUUGUUCUACUACUCGGCAUACACUCGAAAGACAAGCAUCGAAAGUGACCUGGCCGUGUUUCGCAUUGUAGCUCUUUGGUUGGGCAAUCACAGCGAAAAGAUUGCAGAUACGGUGAAGGAAUCGUUGAAGGUGAUCCCAACGUUCAAAUUUGUACCCGUAUUACCUCAACUCGCUCCCCGGUUGGACAAUCAUAAGGAGGGCGUGGGUCGAAUGGUUUGGGAAACGCUGGAACGAUGUGCCGUUGACCAUCCUCAUCACACUCUGCCGCAUAUUUUGGCUCAGGUGCAUGCUUUCGCCGAUGUUGAACGCAAAGAUGUUCCGAAGGAUGAUGAACGUCUUCUUGGAGCUCAAUCCCUGUACCAUAAACUAUUGAAAAAUAAGAAAAUUUCUGCUAUCGUGGAUCAAACAACCGACAUGAGUUUGGCAUUGAUAGAAAUGGCCAAUAAAAUCCUAGGUACCGCAAAGGGUUUCAGCGAUUACAAAAUGACAGCAAAAGAUGCUCUCAGAAAGUGCCAGGGGCUGGACAAGGUGCACUGUCCAACGGUGGAACUUAAAGUUCAAGAAAGUGGUGAUUAUAAUGAGAUUAUCGGUGUACACAAAUGGGACGAUCUGAUACAUGGCGUCGGUGGCAUCAAUGCUCCAAAGAAGCUGGUCUGCCAUUGUUCGGAUGGGCACAACCGUAUUCAGUUGUUGAAGGGACGAGACGACAUGCGACAGGAUGCUGUCAUGCAACAAGUGUUCUGUAUCCUGAACGUCCUACUACGCAACGAUAAAGAAGCCGGUAAGCAGAAACUGGCCGUCCGUACGUACAAAGUUGUCCCCCUGUCGAAGCAAAGCGGAAUCCUUGAAUGGUGUUCAAACACUAUUCCCAUCGGAUCGUGGCUCAUUCCCGCACAUUCUCGAUAUCGUCCCAAGGAUUUGACCGCGUUGGAUGCCAGAAAGGCCUUUGCAGAGCUAGCCAAGUCUUCGCUGCGAACAAAGCAGGAAAAGUUCCUCAAAAUUUGCCAACAGCUUAGUCCGGUUUUCCAGCAUUUCUUCCUCGAGAGAUUCCUAACCUCCGGUAUGUGGUUCGAGCGUAGACUUGCGUAUACCAAAAGCGUGGCCGUUUCUUCGAUUAUUGGCUACAUUUUGGGCAUUGGCGACCGACAUGUGCAGAACAUCUUGGUGGAUGAGAAAACUGCGGAAGUUAUUCACAUCGACUUCGGAAUAGCUUUUGAGUUGGGGAAGAAUUUGCCCACGCCGGAAACGAUUCCGUUCCGGCUGACUAGAGACAUCGUAGCUGGUAUGGGAAUCAGCGGAAUUGAGGGCGUUUUCAAAAAGUCAUGCGAGAAAACGUUGGAAAUUUUGCGUAAUAAUCAUGCACCGAUCAUGACAAUCCUGGAAGUACUGCUGUACGAUCCUCUGUACACGUGGAACGUGCUAGCCAAUAAAAAAGCAGCUCGGAAGCAGAUUUCAGAACUUUACGGCGGAGAAGGCGGUCAAGAUGCGCGCAGUGAAGUCGUUAACAUCAGUGCCGAGAGAGCUUUGCUGCGUGUAAGUGACAAGCUAAACGGUAAGGAAGACGAGAAGUUUACUUCAGUGGAAGGACAAGUGGAAAGACUGAUUUUUACUGCUUCAAGCAAUCUCAACUUGUGCCAGCUUUUCCAAGGUUGGCAGCCGUACCUGUAGGUUGUAGAACGAAUGUAGAGUUGUGUUAAUUUUGAGUUGAGGCUCACUAAACUUCAUGUAUUGUUGUCUAUUGAAAAUCGUUCGUUAUUGAAAUUUGAACAUAAAAGAAAUCAUUUUUAACCUCUCAUGUCGGUUGAGUUGUGAGACAUUGUUUUAUACAUUUACUAUCGUCUAAUAUUUCCAUACACAUUUUGUAUCGUUAUUUUCGGCCAUAAGAAUAAAAACUCACGGUUAAGAGCAAUCGACAAGAAGGAAAUACAGUAAGGUCUCCUAUUA